AGUCUAGCAACAAUGGCGUCGUCUCACGCAUCUAAAGUAACGACACUAAUGCCGAAAAAAGAAGAUGCAUCAACCACUGAAGCAACAAAGCGUCCUCUCCCAGCAGAAGAAGAUCCAGAUGGAAAUUCUAGUACUGAUGUCGGUCGGAGAAGUAGACGAAAAAGAGCAAAAGUUGAAUAUAAAGAAAUGGAUGAGCACUUAGCUCAUAUUUCUGAAGAUGAAUUUUACUCAGAAGAAGAUAAAAAAGAGAAAAACAAAGAUGCAAAGUCUAAAGACAAAGAAACUAAAGAUGCAGUAGCAAAAGAAGUGAAAGAAAAAGAUAACAAAGUUACAAAACCGGAUGAAGAAGUAGUUGCUGAUGAAAGUGAUCAUUCUGCUGAUGAUCCUUCAGGCUUAGAAGGGGCUGCAUUUCAAAGUAGACUUCCAGUAGAUAAAAUGACAUCACAAGAGGGUGCUGCUUUCCCAGAUAUUGUUCAAGGACCACCUCAGUCCCAGAAGGUUUUUCUUUAUUUGAGAAAUAGAAUUUUGCAACUGUGGCUAGAGAAUCCCAAACAGCAGCUUACAUUUGAGUCUGCCCUUCAGGAUAUUGAGCCCCCUUAUAACAGUGAUGGACAGUUAGUACUUAGAGUCCAUGCCUUCCUAGAACGUUACAGCUUUAUCAAUUUUGGAAUAUUUAAGAGACUUAAGCCACUUCCAGCCAAAAAGAACUGUAAGGUUAUCAUCAUAGGAGCUGGUAUUGCUGGGCUUGGUGCUGCAAGACAGCUGCAGUCUUUUGGGGUGGAUGUUACUAUUCUGGAAUCUCGGGAUCGUGUAGGGGGGAGAAUUCAAACAUUCCGCAGGGGUAAUUAUGUAGCAGACUUGGGAGCUAUGGUUGUUACUGGACUGGGUGGUAACCCUGUGACAGUACUAAGCAAGCAGAUCAACAUGGAGCUACACAAAAUCAAACAGAAAUGUCCAUUGUAUGAGAGCAAUGGUUGCACUGUUUUAAAAGAAAAAGAUGAAAUGGUUGAAAGGGAAUUCAACAGACUGCUGGAAACCACUUCCUAUCUUUCACAUCAAGUCAAUUUUAAUGAAAUAAAUGGCAAACCUGCAUCUUUAGGACAAGCCUUGGAAGCUGUUAUUAAGUUGCAGGAAAAACAUGUUAAAGAUAAACAGUGUGAACAUCAGAGAAGUAUAAUUGAAAUGCAAGAAAGGAUUCGUAAAUGUCAAGCUCAGAUGUUGACUCAAAAGGAUCGUGUUCAAGAGUUACACAAACAGUGGAAGGAAGCAUCAGAUGUAAAGCCACCAAGGGAUAUUACUGCUGAAUUUCUUGUGAAAAGUAAACUUAGAGAUCUUACAGCUGCAAUUAAGGAGUAUGAGCAGUUGACAGCAAAGCAAAAGGAAAUAGAAGAUAAGCUACAUGAAUUAGAAGCCAAUCCACCAAGUGAUGUUUACCUAUCCUCAAGAGACAGACAGAUUCUAGACUGGCAUUUUGCUAACCUGGAGUUUGCCAAUGCUACACCCCUGUCAAAUUUGUCCCUCAAGCACUGGGAUCAGGAUGAUGAUUAUGAAUUCUCUGGAAGUCAUUUAACAGUGAGAAAUGGCUACUCAUGUGUUCCAAUGGCUUUAUCUGAGGGGUUGGACUAUAGAUUGAAUACUGUAGUUAAACACAUUAAAGUAUUAGAGAAAGGUGUUGAGGUUGUAACAACUGCUAAAAAUGGGUCAAACCAGCAGACAUUUAAAGCAGAUGCUGUUCUGUGUACUUUACCCCUGGGUGUAUUAAAAGAAUGUAUCAAUAAUGUACCAAAUGUUCCACACUUCAUUCCACCUCUCCCUGACUGGAAGGCUGAUGCUAUUGCUAGACUAGGCUUUGGAAAUCUCAACAAGGUUGUUUUAUGCUUUGAUCGAGUGUUCUGGGACCCAAGUGCAAACUUAUUUGGUCAUGUGGGUAGCACAACCGCCAGCCGAGGUGAGCUCUUCCUGUUCUGGAAUCUCUACAAAGCUCCUGUGUUGCUGGCACUAAUAGCUGGGGAAGCUGCUGCUAUAAUGGAGAACGUUAGCGAUGACGUUAUAGUUGGCCGUUGUCUUGUUGUGAUGAAGGGUAUAUUUGGUGCUAAUGCAGUACCUCAACCCAAGGAAACAUUAGUGUCUAGGUGGAGAGCAGAUCCAUAUGCACGUGGAUCAUAUUCAUAUGUUGCUGCAGGAUCAUCUGGGAAUGAUUAUGACCUUCUCGCAUCACCAAUUGCUCAUCAGUCAGGUGCACCAGCUCGUUUGUUUUUUGCUGGAGAACACACAAUACGUAAUUAUCCAGCUACUGUCCAUGGUGCUAUGCUGAGUGGCUUCCGUGAAGCUGGACGUAUUGCAGACAAGUUUUUAGGAGCGCCAUAUUGUGCACCACAAGCCAAACCAAAUAUCAUUGUUGUGCCUGAUGCUUAAAACACUGUCCUGUAUUGUCCUAUUUAUGACUGAACAAUGAGGCAUUUGUGAGACUUGGGGUCAGAAUGUGACCUUAUCACCCAUGUAUUUAUAAAAUGUGUUCCUUGUUUUUAACUGCUUCUGGUAUCCAGUAGAGUCACUAAAACAAAUAUUUCAUUCUUUUCAUUUUAUCUGUUAUAUCAUUUAUGUUGAAAUACAUAACCAUUUACAAAUAUAUUGUGGGAUAUGUUGAUUGAUGACAAUGCAAAUGGCUUAAGUCCAAUAUAUUUUAAAAUAAUGUUAAAAAGUUAUUAAUUGCUUGUAUGUUUUAGUUUAGUUUAUAAUGUUGACACUUAUACUAGAGGUAAUAAACUAAUUAUGAAUGUGCUAAAUAAGACCCAUGGUCUCUUAAAGUGUGAAAGAUGUAUUACUUUAAAUGGAGCCAUGUAUUUAAAUUACCUGUAAAUAUGUGCAUACAAAAUUUACAAAGUUGUCUGUCCAAAAUUAAUUACUGUUCUAAAGUAUAACUACUUUUUUUAUGUUAUUGUAGUUUUAAUUAUCCACUUGAAUUAAAAACAAAUACUUUCUUUACAAUAAAU